CUGGUCACCCUCUUCAUCACAUGACUUGUUCAUGUAAACAUGGCGGCCAGGCUGAAGAAGACGUUUGUUGGAAGUGUUUCAACGGUUUUAGCAGUUUUGUGUUUUCUGUGCGCGCCUGGUCGAGCUGAAAUACGAACCGCCGUCAUUGACAAACAAACCGGGCAGCUGUCUGUUGUUGAGGAAUAUCGAGAAGAUUUUGUGGCCUGGGCGAACUUUACUGAUGACAUUAAAAAAUCAGGUUGGUCUUUCUUGGAGGUCACCACCAGCACCCAGUACAAUGACAGUAUCCAGGCUUAUGCUGCCGGUGCAGUGGAGGCUGCGCUCACAUCUCAGCUCAUCUAUAAGCACUGGAUGAACACUCUUAUGGAUUACUGUGGGCCCUUAACGUCUGAAACCGAUUACUGCGAGCGCCUUAAGGGUUUCAUCACAACCAAUCUGCAGUGGGUUCAGGACCAAAUAGAGAAGCAGCCAAGUUCACCCUACUGGUACCAGGUGCGUCUGGCACUGCUGCAGCUGAAAGGUCUGGAGGACAGUUACAAUGAUCAGCUGUCACUUCCAAUAGGGUCCUUCUCCCUCAACCCAUUUGGCUUCUUACUUUUCCAAUUGGGCGGAGAUCUGGAGGACUUGGAAUCGGCUCUGAACAAAUCCAGCAAAACUCAACCUCUUGGAUCUGGCUCCUGUUCUGCUCUCAUAAAGCUGCUGCCUAACAAUAAGGAGCUGUUAGUGUCACAUGACACCUGGAACACCUACCAGGCCAUGCUGCGCAUCAUGAAGAAAUACAUAUUUGCCUUUAAAGUUUCUCCUUCAGGCACAGACAUUCUUCCCGGUGGAACUCAAGCAUUCUCAUCUUAUCCUGGAUCAAUCUUCUCUGGAGAUGACUUUUAUAUUUUAAGUAGUGGCUUGGUCACUUUGGAGACCACCAUUGGCAACAGUAAUGCUGCUCUCUGGAAGUUUGUUCAGCCCACAGGAACUGUCAUGGAAUGGCUGAGGAACAUUGUGGCUAAUCGACUGGCUUCUACUGGCAACGAGUGGGCCAAAAUAUUCAGCAAGUAUAACAGUGGAACGUAUAACAACCAGUGGAUGAUUGUGGACUAUAACCACUUCACUCCAGGGAAGUCUGACACUAAAGAGGAACUCUUCGUUGUGCUAGAGCAGAUUCCGGGACUAGUUAUUUACACUGAUAAAACUCAGGAACUACUGGAGAAAGGGUACUGGGCAAGUUACAACAUACCCUACUAUGUGGACAUAUUCAAUGCCAGUGGCUGCAAUGAGCUGGUUGAGAAGUUUGGCCCGUGGUUCUCUCUGGACCAGAAUCCUCGGGCUCAGAUAUUCAGGAGAAACCAGACAGCUGUCACAGAUAUGGACUCAAUGGUCCGCCUCAUGAGGUAUAAUAACUUUAAGGAAGACCCACUGUCAAAGUGUGAAGGUUGUAAUCCACCUGCGAAUGGAGAGAAUGCUAUAUCAGCCCGUUCUGACCUGAACCCAGCUAAUGGAACAUAUCCGUUUGGUGCCUUAAGGCAGAGACCACAUGGAGGAACAGACAUGAAGAUGACCUCCUACGGGAUGUUUCGGGAUUAUGGUAUGCUGGCAGUGAGCGGGCCAACGUGGGACCAGGUCCCACCCUUCCAGUGGAGCACUUCCCCAUACAAAGACCUGAUGCACAUGGGUCACCCUGAUACUUGGACAUUCAAACCUAUAAAAGUCACCUGGAGUCCUUAACUAUCAUACUGUAUUUAAAAAUGGCAUGAUAAAUGUAAAUACUGCUACCUGUGCUGUUUGAAGUUUUGACAAAGGGAAAUGGUACUUAAAUUCUGUGUUAUAAUAAUAGUUAUGUUACUGAUUCUCAAAGUGGCAAUAACAUUCUGGAAGAAUUGCAGUAUUACAAUUAAGAGCUUUGAGAGCUUUGAAUGUGAAGCAAUAUGACCAAGAGCAAUAAUGUCACAACCUUCCUAUUGUAAAGUAGGAGCUUCUACAUUGGAUAUUUGAUUUUUUUGUUGCUAAAUGUGUGAAAAUGUAAAUGCCACUUUCAAUUCUGAUAGUUUAUUCAGUUACUGGAGUCGUUUGUUUCCACUGGACUACACCUUUCUUUAGAGACAUCAAAUACAAUUACUGAUACACAAAUUCUCUGUCAGAGAAAGCAAAUGUUUUAAUCAUGAGUUAAAUUCUGAAAUCUCCAUUGUUUUAUUUUUUAAAUAUUUUCUGAAUGAAGCAUGUCCUCUUAAAAAAUAUAUAUAAUUUUUAUAUUCCUGUCCAGAUUUAAUAUUUUGGUCAGUAUCAGUCUUGUAAGCGAAAAAACAGAAUACUGAUUAGAUGCUGAUUAGAUCUCUUCUGAGUUUGAAGUUGGGCAGAUGAAGUCAUCCAAGUCCAUACUUGUUUGGGUGGACCAAGAGUGCGUAGAGGCAUUUAAAGAAGUUAUUCAUUAAAUGCCUAACCAGCAUUGUCCUUGUGAUUAUACUGAAUAGGAAUGUAUUUAAUACACAGUAUAAUUAACAAUAAAAUGCAGACAAGUUAGGCACAGUGAAUGUCACACUAAUCAUUAAAUACAAGUUAAGUCAU